AUUGAGCGCGGCCAUGGUUGCGAACGGACGUGCGCGUCUUUCGGUGCGGAUGUGAUGCGCGUCAGCAUCAGCUUUGCUCACUCGACAAGUGCCGACUGCCACCGCCGGAGUCGAAUCUGUUUGGUACUGUGCCGCAGUCUUCUUCAUUUUCCCGAUGUGCGGCUUUAGUGCAGUUCGAACGCUGAUUGUGAGACCUGUCGUGAUUGAAGUUUCUUUAUCGGGAAGCGAUUCGGAUUGUUUGACAUUCUCCUUUAAUCGGCCAUCAAAAAGUGUGGAGAGAAUCAAUUCGAACAGCGUCACAAGUUUUGUUCGUACCCAUCCAGCCCUUCCAUCCGGCCUUAGCUUUUCAAAGAGCUGCCAUAAGAAGGGGGUAGGGCUGGGGGUUCCGGGUUAACAAAAACCAAUUUUUUUUUUUUUUUUUUGUUUUGUUUUGUUUUUGUUUUUUUUUUGUUUCAUUUUUUUUUUUUUUUAUUUGAGUUUGUAAAUUUGUAAAUUGUCGAUUCAAAUCUUUCAAAGUGGAGUUCCCUGAAGAAUAUUAUCAACCGAACCACCACCACUUCGUCAGCCAUCAUCACACCAAUCCCAAGAUGUCGGACGACGAUAAAGGUUUCGUUCUUUCACCGGAGGAGAUUGAAUGCCUCAAGGACCGAAAGUGGUGGUGUUUCCUCCUGUCGAGCAUUUUUACCUUCCUGGCCGGCCUUCUGAUUGUCCUAAUAUGGCGAGCCAUGUCCAUUAUCUGUUGUCGCAAAGACCCAUCUCCCGAAUACAGUCAGAGUGAUCUGAAGCAGCAGAAUCUACCGAAACCACCGCGGCAAGCCAAGGAAGAGUUUGAAGGCACAUUCGUCACUGACGCUAAAGAUUGGGCCGGCGAGCUCAUCUCCGGACAGACCACGACUGGACGCAUUUUAGUGGUACUCGUGUUUGUGUUGAGCAUCGCGUCCCUCAUCAUUUAUUUCAUCGACGCAUCCAGCGAGGGUGUCGAACAAUGCAAGGAGUGGUCGAGCAAUAUGACGCAGCAGAUCGACCUCGCCUUCAACAUAUUUUUUAUGGUUUAUUUUUUUAUCAGAUUUAUCGCGGCUAGCGACAAACUGUGGUUCAUGUUGGAGAUGUAUUCUUUCGUCGACUACUUUACGAUACCUCCUUCAUUUGUGUCCAUCUAUUUGGAUCGAACAUGGAUCGGCCUCCGAUUUCUUCGUGCCCUGAGGUUGAUGACAGUGCCGGAUAUCCUGCAGUACCUCAACAUUCUCAAGACAUCCAGUUCCAUCCGGCUGGCUCAGCUGGUCUCCAUCUUCAUUUCUGUUUGGUUGACGGCCGCCGGAAUCAUCCAUUUGCUGGAGAAUUCCGGAGAUCCGCUCGACUUCAGUAACCCGCAUCGAUUAUCGUACUGGACGUGCGUCUAUUUUUUAAUCGUGACCAUGUCAACGGUGGGCUACGGUGACGUCUACUGUGAGACGAUCCUAGGUCGGACGUUUUUAGUUUUCUUUCUUCUCGUCGGCUUGGCCAUCUUUGCCAGUUGUAUCCCUGAAAUUAUUGACCUGAUCGGCACUAGACCCAAAUACGGAGGCACGCUGAAGAAUGAACGUGGACGCAGGCAUAUCGUCGUCUGCGGACACAUCACCUACGAGUCAGUGUCGCAUUUUCUCAAGGAUUUCCUUCACGAGGAUCGAGAAGACGUCGACGUCGAAGUGGUUUUCCUUCACAGGAAAGAACCCGAUUUGGAGCUGGAAGGCCUGCUGAAGAGGCACUCCACCACCGUCAAGUUUUUUCAGGGCUCCAUGAUGAAUGCCGUUGAUUUGCAAAGGGUCAAGGUCCACGAGGCUGACGCCUGUCUCGUCUUGGCAAACAAGUAUUGUCAGGAUCCCGAUGCUGAGGAUGCUGCCAACAUCAUGCGAGUCAUUUCUAUUAAGAAUUAUUCGGACGAUAUCAGGGUCAUUAUUCAGCUGAUGCAAUAUCACAACAAGGCUUACUUGCUGAACAUUCCCAGUUGGGACUGGAAACGAGGUGACGACGUCAUUUGCUUGGCUGAGCUCAAGCUGGGAUUCAUAGCCCAAAGUUGUUUAGCUCCGGGAUUUUCCACCAUGAUGGCCAACUUAUUCGCUAUGAGAUCAUUCAAAACCUCAUCGGACCUACAGUCAUGGCAGAACGAUUAUCUGCGUGGCUCCGGCAUGGAGAUGUACACCGAUACGUUGAGUCACACCUUUAUGGGUCUAACGUUCACUCAAGCGGCCGAGUUGUGCUUUACCAAGCUCAAGCUCCUCUUGCUGGCCAUCGAAUUAAAAUCUGAAGACGGCCUCGAUUCGAAGAUUUCCAUCAAUCCGCGCGGAGCAAAGAUAUCGUCCAACACGCAAGGAUUUUUCAUAGCGCAAUCAGCUGACGAGGUCAAAAGAGCCUGGUUCUAUUGUAAAGCUUGCCAUGAAGACAUCAAAGACGAGACGCUCAUCAAGAAGUGCAAAUGCAAAAAUUAUGUGGGCUUUAUGAUGGUUCAGUCGGGACUAUUCGGAUUAACGUCCCAGAAUCAAGAAUCAAACGUGGCCGUCUUCCGGAAAGGUGUUCGAGCUGUACAAGUCAUCGGUCGCGCAAGUGCGGAUUACUCCAUCUGCGACAAUGACCAUGUGACUCCUCAGUUUACGCCUCCAGAGUUGCCAAAGCGGGUGCAUGUCAGAGGUGAAUUAUUACGGGAUGACGAUCCGCGAUCUCCCUUGCACAAUCAACACAAUGCAGCAACCACGCCCUUGCUAUCGGCCGUCAACAAGACCCACAGCAGUACCAACAGGACCAUCAAUAAGCUGACUGGCAACUCGUCCAGCGUACGCGGAGUCAUCGACGGCGGUCAUUCGCCAUCGCCCGAUUUUAACGCCAGGACCAAGGAGGACAGUUCCUAUGCUGGUUACCAUCUAUCAUAUGAAGUGAAAAAACUCAUGCCUACGAGUCGAGGAUCUGCUGGAAAUGGAACACACAACACGGGCAUUGCUGACGACCAGGCCAGGGAUUUCGAUUUCGAAAAGACGGAGAUGAAAUACGACUCGACUGGCAUGUUUCAUUGGUCCCCCGCUCGCUCCCUGGAAGACUGUAUACUGGAUCGCAAUCAAGCGGCCAUGACUGUGCUGAACGGACAUGUCGUUGUGUGCCUCUUUGCCGAUCCCGAUUCGCCAUUGAUCGGAUUACGUAAUCUGGUCAUGCCUCUUCGGGCCUCCAACUUUCAUUACCACGAAUUGAAACAUGUGGUUAUCGUCGGUUCCGUCGACUACAUCCGUCGCGAAUGGAAAAUGCUUCAAAACCUGCCCAAAAUUUCAGUGCUCAAUGGAUCACCGCUAAGUCGAGCGGAUUUACGGGCCGUCAACGUCAACUUGUGUGACAUGUGCGUCAUUCUUUCGGCCAAAGUGCCCAGCAAUGAUGACCCGACCCUGGCCGAUAAAGAGGCCAUUUUGGCAUCGCUCAACAUCAAAGCCAUGACGUUCGAUGACACAAUCGGUGUCCUAUCGCACAGUAAUAGCGGUCGUGAAGCGCUGACUCCAAUUGGCAGCCCGAUUGUUCUCCAACGACGAGGAUCUGUCUACGGUGCAAACGUUCCCAUGAUCACGGAAUUGGUGAACGACAGCAAUGUGCAGUUUUUGGACCAAGAUGACGAUGAUGAUCCCGAUACAGAACUCUACCUCACUCAGCCAUUUGCUUGCGGAACUGCGUUCGCUGUCAGCGUGCUCGACUCCCUGAUGUCGACGACGUAUUUCAAUCAAAAUGCUCUCACGCUCAUCCGGUCUCUUAUCACUGGUGGAGCCACUCCUGAACUUGAGCUUAUUCUCGCUGAAGGAGCCGGCCUUCGUGGAGGAUAUAGCACUCCAGAAACACUCGGCGAAAGGGAUCGAUGUCGAGUGGGCCAGAUCUCACUCUACGACGGACCUUUAGCCCAGUACGGUGAGGGUGGAAAGUAUGGAGAUCUUUUUGUUGCCGCACUUCGGAAUUACGGCAUGCUGUGUAUAGGCUUGUACAGGUUUAGAGAUACCAGUUCAUCAGUUGAUGCUUCAUCCAAACGCUACGUCGUUACGAAUCCUCCUGACGAUUUCACGCUGUUACCUACCGAUCAGGUGUUUGUCCUGAUGCAAUUCGAUCCCGGUCUCGAAUAUCAACCUAACCGUGGAGAACAGCAUGGCCGCGAGGGAAACUCCUGACUCUUGCUCUGUAGCGCCCUCACCGAUGGUCCUUAUUCUUACAUUUGAAGUAGUAAAUCAAACUCAGUCAACUCAACACACACUUUAAAAAAAAAACGGAGCAAAAAAAAAGAAAACAAAGAAGAAUCGCGGAAUAAGGCGUGCGCUUCAAACAUUGGCCUCUUCAAUUAUCAUUGAGUAUCAUCCAACUUCCUUGUCCCCCCCUCUCCAUCCUCCUUUUACGAAAAAAACAAACAAAUAGCACCCCCGGUGUUCCCAAUUUUUUACCUGAGGUCUUUGCUGUCACACCCCUAUUUCGAUACAGGAGAAGAAGGAAAAAAACUUUGGAAUGUAGGCCCCAAAUGGAAGUAAAAGAGAAAAAUGAGGGAAGGGGUUGGGUUCGUUUGUAGGAAAAGAUUCUAUGGCGACCUCCAUAUAUCCAACGAUUGUUGAACUGUGAUACCUUGUAAGAAAAAAAAUAUUACCCAUAACAAAAAAAAACAAAAAAAAAAUAUGACUGGCCAAGCGCAGACAACGUACAGAUGUUACCGCAAAAGUUCUGGUCAAUAAUUGCUCCCUCCUUUAAAAAAAAAAAAGAAAUCCCAUUUUGAAAGUUGUUUACUAAUUCACAGUCAAACUGCAACAUUUUCUUUUUUCACUGUUGUUGCCAGGAAAGUAUUUCAUCCGUUUUUUCAUGGUUAUAUCCCAUGUUUUGUUGAAAAUUUCGUUACCAAAAAAUAAUACCAUGGUGAGGUGCUCUACAGGCAAAAGAAUCCGAUCUUUGAUUCGCUGACAAACUUUGUUGAAAUUCUAGUCCACGAAUUACGACUUUGACUAUACUUGAAAAUAGCCGUCUGAAGUUGGAGCGUUCAUUAAACGACCUUCAGCUUCUGCUGGUUCUACUAAUAUGCAAAUACUUGAAUUGUGUGAAUGAUCGUCAUUUGCGUGAUGACAUUUCAUGUGUGUGUGUGUGUCUGUGAGAUGAAUUAUGAUCGAUAUUGUUUGAUCCUCUUUCUUCUUCCCGAUAGGCUGACAGAUUUUUUUCUUUCAGGCCUUCAUUUUUUUUUUCUAUAAUUCUAUAACUUGUUCACACACGCGAAAUCGCAUUUUCAUGUUUCCCGAGAGAUGAGAGAAAUCCGCUCGUUAGUACUCGCGCUCCAAAAUGAGUAGAUUUACCCCAUCGUGUUCUAAAACGAAAAAUACUGCUAUAGUCUAAUUGCUAAAUUCUCUUCUCUGAGUGACAUGUCGCUCCUAUCUUCUAUCUUUUUAAGAAAAAAGGCAUUUCUUGUCUUAGCCAUUUUAAUUCUCGUUUUUUCUUUUCACUAUUAUCUGUAUCUGUCGCUUUCUUUCUCUUUUCCUCUGUCAUCAUUUGCAUAGCAUUCUAGGCCCCGUCAGUUCGUAGUCUUUUCUGUAAGAGGACAGUUUUUUUUUUAGCUGUAGGAAGUGAAUGAGAAAAACACGAAUUUAACUUGUGUGACUCAGCGUUGUGGUUGACAUGUCUGCGUUGUACCUUCAGUUUGUUUCAACUAAAUUUUAAAUUCUGUGACCCGCCCCAGGAACUUGACACCCCUGGAAUGUUAUCCCUUGCGCCUAUUUCACAUCCUGUCUUUCUCUUUGAUUUUUUCUUGCAUCCAACUUUGCUGCUGGUAGUACCAAUCUUUUGUUUAAGAGUCAAUUUGGACGAUUUGCGAUUAAAUGACCCUGAAUUAUUAUAUCUUGGGAUGGGAAAACCCAUGUAAAUGUAAUAAGGAUGAUAGGAAAAAAUAGUGUUAUUUGGGGAUGGGGGGAAUUGCUGUGAAAUGGUUCGUUGUUAUGUCAUCCAAUGCAAAAUGAGUUACGUCUCUCACUCUCUCCCUUCUAUCUCUCCAUCGUUUUCCAUUUGACUGUCUUUUAUUUAAUUUCUUCUCUUCUCAAUUCACCACGUCACCGAGUCAAUGUUUCUUACAAAAAAAAAAAUAAUAUUAAGAAAAACAAGAAAAAAAGUCUAUUUAGUCUUGAAUUCUAUUUCUCUUUCUCUGUCUAUUUCUCUCUCUUUCAUUUUUCUCCGUCUUAUGGAUUCGUUGUUUUGUCUUAACUUCAAUUUCCCUUUCUCCGUUCGUAAUUCGACAUUUACAUACAAAACCGAAAACGUUUUUUUUGUUUGUUUUUCAAAGCACUGAAGCUACACCCACCUCCUUGCCUUAUUGUUUACCGUAUUUAAUCGGAGAGGAAGAAAAACAAAAAAAAACAUCAAUACACAUGUUUAUUGCCAAA